UCAUCAAAAACAAAAUGGCAUGCACUGGGAAAAUCAUCUUUAUUUGGGGUUCAUUCCUUCUUAUAUCCCUACUGAAUGUGAAUCGAGCACGCAACCUUCUUGUGGCCCUAGUUUGUAAACCUAGUAGCAACACUAUAGCUUCAGGAUUCAUUCAAACUAGAGACACCCAUUUUGUACUAAAUGGAUCCCCAUUCCUCUUCAAUGGCUUUAACUCAUAUUGGAUGAUGCAGGUUGCAGUGGAGCCAAGUGAAAGGUACAAAAUAUCGAAUGUGUUUCGUGAGGCUUCAGCUGUUGGGCUCAAUGUUUGCCGGACUUGGGCAUUUAGUGAUGGAGGUUACCAACCUCUGCAAAUAUCUCCUGGUGUUUAUGAUGAGCUUAUCUUUCAGGCACUUGAUUUUGUGGUCUCUGAGGCAAGAAAGUAUGGGGUUCGGUUAGUUUUGACUUUGACUAACAAUCUCCAAGACUAUGGAGGAAGACCUCAAUAUUUGCAAUGGGCUAGAAGUGCUGGUGAGCCUGUUAAUAGUGACGAUGAUUUUUAUACAAAUGCAGUCAUGAAAGGGUACUACAAGAUCCAUGUUAAGAAAGUGCUAACAAGGCUCAACACAAUCACUGGAAUUGCAUAUAAAGAUGAUCCGACAAUAAUGGCUUGGGAACUAAUGAAUGAACCACGCUGCCAAGUUGACUCUGGCAAGACCGUAAACGUAUGGGUUCAAGAGAUGGGUUCCUAUGUUAAAUCCAUUGACAACAAACACUUGUUGGGGAUUGGCAUGGAAGGUUUCUAUGGAGACUCAAUUCAAGAUAGAAAGCAAUACAAUCCUAUUCCUGGUUACGAAGUUGGCACAGAUUUUAUUACCAAUAAUCUCGUUAAAGAGAUUGACUUUGCCACCAUACAUGCAUAUCCCGAUGCUUGGCUUCCCGGACAGGACGAUCACUUGCAAAUAGCAUUCAUUCAAAGGUGGUUGACAAGUCAUUGGACAGACUCAAGGACUAUUCUAAAGAAGCCACUGAUUUUUGCUGAAUUUGGAAAAUCAAAGACAUAUCCAGGGUUUAAUAUAAGCGCUAUGGACUACUUCUUGAACAUUGUUUAUACAAACAUCUACAACUUAGCCAAAAAUGGAGGAACAAUGGGUGGCGGUUUAGUUUGGCAAAUCUUCACCGAAGGGAUGGAAUCGUACUAUGAUGGAUACGAGAUUGUUCUAUCCCAAAACCCAUCUACAACUAGUAUCAUUGCUCAACAAUCUAAUAAAAUGACAAAACUUGAACAUUCAUUGAAUAACCCACAUGGUGAUAUAUUUGAGCAGGCAAAACAACGAAGCACAUGAUGAGCUAUCAUUAAGUAUAUGAAUGUGAAAAAA